UGGCCGCACGCGUUGUCAAUAAAAUUCGCGAAGUCAAUAAACAAUUAGCGUUUUCACACGUCACCAACAUUAAUCCAAGUGCAGAAGUGAAUAGUGCAAUAACAAAUGUUUUGUGCUUAAACACUUGGACUUUCCAAGGUUAUAUGUGUUCCAGUGUUUAAAUAUAAUCGGAGAAUCUUUAAUGAUUUUCAACAGAGAUCGUCACGAUUCACAUUGACAUAAAAGCGACUCGAAUAAUUAAACAGUUCGAAUUUAUUUCGAAAGUGCAUAAUUGAAACUUUAUCGACAAUAAAGUGCGAUCAUAAAUACAUCCAGUUACGAAGGAUACUUUUUUAAAACGUUGUGUAAUGUGAUUUGAAGUGAAAAGUGUUUGAUCCUAAACGGAAUUCAGUGCCAAUAAUUUAUAUGAUGAAAUUAAAAUAAAUAUCUUAAGCACCGCUUUGCUAACACGCCAAAGUGGCGAGAUCAGAGUCGAGGCUUGUGUUAGUGGGGGAUGGAAUUGAGGAUGAAUGCUGUUGCCCUGGCAUGAGGAUCGGUGAUAUUGGCGGAGUGCUCCUUGAAGCUGCGAAACUGACGAGAUCUUGGUUCUGUCAGAAGCCUGGUUACGGCUUCUCCCAGAAGGUGGACGAGGAGGAGGGCGGCGGGGGGGUCGCGUUGCACCCACCGGACGGCUUCUACUCCCACCAGCACAGCAUUCACAGCGGCCAUCAUGCCCACAACGCGGAACCUGACCGGGGCUACAUGGAGGGCAACAGAUACGUCACCGCUGUUCACAGACCCUUGCCUGCAUUGAACCACUCCAACUCGUCAUGCUCGUCAGCGUCGAACGCGUCGACGGGCGCGGCGUUGUGCGCAGGCGCAGCGGAACCGGCACCCCCGCUCUACAUCGCCGCACCUCCCGAGGGUUUCGGGAUGGCCGUUCAUACCAACAGGUAUGAGAACAUCAUUAGGCGGGGCACAGAUGUGGGAAUCAUUGGCACGACCGGAAUGACUCAAAAAGAUCCUUCUUUGCCUCAAAAACGGGGCAAAUUGACCCGAGGUCGCUAUGAAAUGUCUCAAGACUUGUUAGACAAACAAGUCGAGAUCUUGGAGAGGCGGUACGGCGGUCUGAGAGCGAGACGAGCUGCUGUCACUAUACAGAGAGCGUUCAGGAGGCGACAGCUUCUGAAGAAGUUUAGCGCUAUUACCGCCAUGGCAAAGGCGGCGGACUCCAAUGCCAGGAGGCUUCAGGAUGGCAGUGACCAUCUACUUGUUAACGGUAACGACAUCUACGCGAACACGUUGCUGCAGAAGAGUCCGGGCAGCUCGGAGAAGGUGCUCGCCCUGACUAGGCCCAUGAGGUCCAUGUCUUUGCGGGAACGCCAUGAUAUUGAUAUGAGCAACCACAUGUCCUGUGACCCCCAAAGCGAAGUAGAAGCAAUGGUGGCCCGCGUGCACCAGUCCGCUCACCAAAUACACAUGAUCGCUUCAGAGUUACCCCCUCACCAUAGAGGCGACGCUGACAGUGGGGUAUGUAGCUGUUCAGUGAGUGGAUCAGUAACAAACAUAUCGACGUCGUCUUCUCAUAAUGAAUCUCUACACAAUCACCAGUUGUUAAACAAUACAGGACCCGUAUACGGAAACCUUCUAUCAUCAGGCGGUAAGCCGCUUUCAUCACCCACCGCUCGGCAACAGCAACAACUUGCCGCGAUACAAGCCGCCAACGCCAGACGAUUGCCUCCCGACGUCCCCAAGCGGACUAGCAGCAUCACACUCAAUGCGGAGAGCCCCGUGUCGUUACGUCGUGCGGAAUGCGGCGGAGCGGUAGUGCGGGGAGGGUCAAUGUCCUCGGUACAAUCCUCAUCGUCAUCGUCCUCGCAAGAACACCGUCAUCAUUACCACCAGCCUUACCAACAAAGGCCGCCGGAACCUCACAUACACAUCCCAGAGCAGCAAUUCCAACAACACUCGAGAACUGCCUCGGGGACACUGUACGAGGGCGAGCGAUACGCGGUGUGGAAGAGACAAGAGGCACCCCCCUAUUACGAAGCACCCCCGCCCGCUGCCUGCUGCAGACCCCAGCAUGACCACCAUCCGCAUACGCACCAACCACCUUUAAAGGUAUCCGAAACAGUCAGGAAACGCCAAUACCGAGUGGGUCUGAAUCUCUUUAACAAGAAGCCAGAAAGGGGCAUAGCGUACCUGAUCUCGCGAGGGUUCCUAGAGAAUUCUCCACGAGGUGUUGCCAGGUUCCUCAUCACGAGGAAAGGGCUCAGCAAGCAGAUGAUUGGAGAAUAUCUGGGCAACCUUCAGAGUCAGUUCAACAUGGCUGUAUUAGAAUGUUUCGUGAACGAGCUCGAUCUAUCUGGCAUGGCAGUAGACGUAGCUCUGCGUAGAUAUCAGGCUCACUUCCGACUGCCGGGAGAAGCACAAAAGAUCGAGAGACUAGUAGAAGCGUUCGCGAGGCGAUACUGUGUUUGCAAUACGGACUUCGUACAGCGGUUGCGGACUCAAGAUACGAUAUUCGUGCUAGCGUUCGCAAUAAUAAUGCUUAACACGGACCUCCAUACACCGAACCUCAAACCGGAAGCGCGGAUGUCGCUGGACGACUUCGUGCGAAACCUUCGCGGUAUCGACGACUGCGGUGACAUCGACCGGGAUAUGUUGGCCGGGAUUUACGACAGAGUUAAAGCGAGUGAAUUUAGACCGGGAAGCGACCAUGUUACACAGGUGAUGAAAGUACAAGCAACGAUUGUUGGUAAGAAGCCACACUUGGCGUUACCGCAUCGAAGGCUGGUCUGCUACUGCCGGCUGUACGAAAUACCUGAUAUACACAAGAAAGAAAGACCGGGUGUUCAUCAGAGAGAGGUGUUCCUCUUCAACGAUCUCCUAGUGAUAACGAAGAUCUUCAGCAAAAAGAAAUCGUCAGUGACGUACACGUUCCGGCAAUCUUUCCCGUUGUGCGGAAUGCUGGUCAACCUUUUCUCUGUGCCACAUUACCCAUUCGGCAUCCGUCUGUCGCGACGUGUGGACGGGCGCAGACUGGCCACGUUCAACGCGCGCAACGAACACGACCGCUGCAAGUUCGCCGAGGAUUUGCGCGAAAGCGUCGCCGAGAUGGACGAAAUGGAAGCAAUGCGUAUAGAGGGCGAACUCAAUCGGGGCAAGGGGAGGAAUACUAAUAAUUCGGCGAGAAAUGUCAUGGAAAAUCGGGACAGCGGUGUAGCGGAUGUUGAGAUUGAUCAUCAACAAUGUAUGGACCACGUACACGUUCACGGAGUGGUGGUACCACCGCCUCCCUCGUGCCCAGCGCCCGCCGCUCCGUUGCGCCUGUCCCAAAACCCACCACCCACUAGCAUCAUCAAGCGUAACGUGCUCAGCAACUCGCUCGUGGACAUUAACGAUCCCGUAGCUUUAGCAGCGGAGCGUCUACAGCGGCGAGGGUCUGUGGGUUCACUGGACAGCGGCAUGUCUGUGUCCUUCCAGCAGGGCAGCCGCACAGCAUUGCACGCCACGUCACCGCGCCACCCGCCUGAGCAAAGGUCACCAGGUCGCUUGUUCGGAGGCAUAUUUCCAGGACGUCAACGAAAACUGAGCGCAUCAGGAGUUCCUGACACGAAAACAGGUCAAGUCGGAAAGAGCACAGAGGUCUAACCACCAUCUGAAUAAAAUCGAUUAACAAUUCGAAUCAAAAGGAAACCUUCGAAAUUACUCAAGGGCUAUCAAUUUAUAAUAACGACUUCCAGCCAAUGAUAUCACGUUUAUCUUCGUGUGACAUCGAUCAUAGGUUUCGUGAGUCGAUGUUUUUUCAAAUUGAUUUUAAUCUAAAAGCAAUUUUUAUGAGAUCGUUAUCUGAUUUUAAAUCUAUCUUAUUGUAACCAGAUAGAUUUUUUUUUGAUAUUUGCUAUUUCGGGUUUUUCUUAGUGCCAUCUUUGUAAUAAAUCGGGGAUUCCCCAUUGGAAUUGACUUAUUUAAGUGCAUUACACUUACCCAUUGAACACUAUGAGGUUAUUCGCAAAUAUAUGUAAGCGCAAAUAGUCUAGGUAAUCAAUUUUUGAAAGUUUAGAAGCCAUUUGAAUAACUAUUACGUAGCUUUUAAUGCGAAACGUUGUAAGUCACAACAUUUAUUGUGUUUAUAUCAAAACUACUACAUGGAAAUGUAUUGAAAUUAGUUCUAAAAGAGGACAUAUUGAAUAUUUAAAAAUAUACUUACUAUUAUUUGAUACACAAUAGAAGUAAUCAGGAAAGUUCCGCAUCUUGAAGCUAUCGAGAUAAUAAGAAUAUUUUUAAAUCAUAUGUCUCUCUAAAUUUUAAAAAUCCAAAUCCAAAUAUCGAUUUGACUGUUGAUAAUUACACCGGUAUUUGAUAUAAAGAUAUUUGGAGAGUACUAAACCGAAUAUACAAUUGUAUAUUUGAAGAAGUAAUUAAUUAUUCUCAUUUGAUUGAAUUUAGAAAGUUAUGUGAAAAUAAGUCAAAGUAAUUAAAUAGUAUGACUUAAACGUUGAGGAGAAUCACUAUCAGGGUAAAAAGGUAGGGAUGUUGCGUAUUUUAUUUCGAAUGACUAAGGAAAGUACGUGCCAAUACUAUUCAAAAUUUGUAUUUUAAAUUACAAGAGACAAUUUUGCCUGAGAAAUUUGGGUGCGACAGGUGUAUCUUUUUAAAAGCAUUGUUGCUUUAAAAAUAGUUUCAGUUUUGCGUUACAAUCACCGUUAGAGUUAUACGAAAUAAAGCUCAUUAGAUGCAAAAUAUAUCGUACACAAAUCUAUAUUUUAAACAGAAAUUUAGUCUGAAGUUUUUAAAGUCGGCAAAGUCGAUUAACUUUAGUUUUGUGUACGGUAUAGAGGCCAAAAUAUCCAAAGCAAGUUCUUCAUAUAGAUAAACUACAACGAAGUUCUGUGCGGGUAAGAAAUUUUACGGUACACGGUUUUGGAACCCUGGCAUUAAUUAAAUAUAUUUCAAAGAUGAGUAUAGUUAGAAAGAGUUACACGAGCACGAUUCAAAGGAAACAGAAUUUUGCUCCAGAGACAUCUUUAAAUCUCGAUAAAACUUUUUGUUGCUCAUUUUUCAACACUUUCAAGCUAAUGUUAUGUGUACAAAUUUGAAAGUGCGAGAAAAUUUGCAACAAAACGGGUUGAACAUUUUCACUUUCGAGGUCGAUGUGAACACACAGCUACGCUGAUUUUGCGUUAAAUUGGGAAAGCAUACUCGAGACAUAGUCAAGGUGACUAUUUCUCCAGUACACAGAUAGAUAAUUAAUGAAAAUCACUCUUAUUUUACUACAAAUACUGUUGUAAGUAGUAUGUAAGAUUAAAAACAAACGGAAGAUGGAAAUAGUUCUUACACUAUUCGCACCUUUAUUUAAAUUGGGUAAGGAUGAUAUUUUAUUAUCAGUGAGAGUUGGCGCUUGCAAUAACUCGCGCGACAGCGACCUUGAAAAUAGUGCCAAUUUUGCUAUACAUCAAUUUAUACACAAAACUUAAUUGAUCAAAACUACAAGUAGUGCUAUCUCAAUCUCUCCCGUGAAAAAAACACUAUUUCCAGAACUACCGCCGAAUUGGUACCAAUACCAAGCAUUGGGAGUAACAUCUGAUCGUUCACAUAUAAAUCUCAGGUAUAUGCAAAAAAUUCACGGUUAUUGUCGUUAUUCCACUGUGAACAUGGCAUUACGGUUCACUUAGAUUACCUAACAAAUAAUUUAAAAAGCAACUCGUCAAAUAACUAAAUGGCGAGUAAAUACUAUGCUGUUAACAUUUGCGGCAAUAGUCUAAAGCCAACAAGGCACAGGGUUACGCGAAUUUGUUCGUAAAGGUUACGUAACCUUUUUAUAAGAUUGUUCUUUAUCUUUUCGAUUCUUGAGAGAAAUAGAUUAGGCGUAUUUCGGGGUUUAUAAUAUUCGAUAUAUUAAAGUACAUACGUUAUUGUGCACUUUUAGAACGGAAGUGACCUAAAGUUUUUAGUUUAAUAUUUCCUUACUACAUCUUAUUUAGCCUUUAAAGAGUCUGUAAAACCCAGAUAAAUUAUAACUAGCAUAUUGGGUUAGUAUUAAAUUACCUUUAUUUGUUGUAUAGAGAGUAUAUUUUUAUAUUAAUUAUUGCUUUUACUUGUACUCCAAAAUAAAAUUGGAAGUAUUCUGAUAUUGUUAAUUUUUAAGGUCACUCUCGUUCAUAAAGCGCGAUUUUAGAAUCCAUUGCAUAAAUGUUACCACGCAUAAAGUAUUAAAGAUAUUUAUAAUUAAAAAAAAGUAAUAUCAAAGAGUUUAAUCUUUCUUUAGUAAUAGUUGUACAUAUGUUCAGAAUAGUUGCAAUAGAAAAUAUUUGACAUCACAGUAUUUAUAAAAAAUCCUUUUGGCACAUUAUUAUUAGAGCAACACAUACAGUAAGGUAUAUGGGAAAUGUAAUCAUACCGUAUAUAAAAUUUAUAGACUUAUUGAAAUAAAAAAUAAACUCUUUUGACACAUUUGUCUUUUUUAAUAUAAAUAUUAUAUUUAGCAGUGGCACAAUAUUACAUCAGAAUAUUAUUGAUUUACACUACAUUACAAUUUUAUUUUAAUAAAAUAAAAAUAUUAAUUCGUCGCGAAAGUUUUUUUUUAGCUGUAUUAAAUGACAUUUGUGUCAAAAGGGACUUGCUUUUCGAAAAUGACUUUAAUUAUCUUACGAGUUUAUUCAGAAUUUUAUUGAAAAAAAAGAUAUACACAAAUUAAUUUCUAUAAAGUUUCCAAAAUCCUGUCCAUGUAUGGUCCUAAGAAUAUAUACCAAAUAGAACUCUUGUCCAUUUAAAUUAUGAAAUUAUAUUGACCUGUUAUAGUAUACCUUGUGCCACGUAAAGCCUGUUGCGCCAAAUUAAAUAGUAGUAUUUCUUAAAACCAGGAACACGACCAACUCACGACUUGAUUUGGUUUCUGAAUUGUUGCGGUAGUUUUAGAAAAUAUAGCCAUUUGAUUUUACUCAACAUGCGUCACUUGGCAUUUUAUAAAUAUGGCAGCGCUGUUAUUGUCCUUUUCAUCGGUAACGUCUUAAUUCUGACAAUAAUCGGGCGACUAUAUAAAAUUACGCACCUUAUUAAGACUCCGGUGUAUUUUUUUUUUCGGUGCCAUUAUCUAAUGGCCGGCAAGGUUUUACGAAGCCCUUAGAAUAAACAUGCUACUGAAAUUCAAAAUCCACGCUGUUUAUUUCAACAACUCAACUAACCAGUGUUACCAUAAACAACUUCCCAUAAAACCCUAAAAAUAUAAUAUGUCGUAUAGUUCAACAAAUUAAAUAAUUACCA